AUGGGGUGGGGCAAGACGAGUGCCAAGGACGUUGCAUCCGAACACCUCCGCUACUACCGUACUUCCAUACAAUCCAAAAAGCGAUGCGACGAUGCCUUUAAUUAUCGAUUUCCGCAGAACACCGUCUGCCUACUCGCCAAUCAAUUUAAAGGGCCGUGUCAUGGCGAUUGGGGCGCGCCGGUUGCCAGAAAAAUUCAAAAUGAGGGCAAAGACAUCUGGAUCCAACUUGGAAUGAUUUCAAUCGGGGAUGAGGAUUGUAAAUGGUCCGAUUAUGUUCCAGCUGUUGGAAUGGACACCACGAAAUAUUGCGAUUUCUACAAAACGACGAUCGGCAGGGAGAUUUGCCAGCGACUUCAGGAGGAC